AGGCCGCCCACCCAGGAGGAGCCCGUGUCGUCCGUGAUGGUCUGGCAGAUCCCCCUGCUGGGCGUGUAGGUGACACGGCCAUGCCUGGCCUCGGCUCGCCUCGGGGCUGCCCAGGGUGUGCUGGGGGCCGGUCAGACGCGGUUCUGGGGGAUACGUGCAAUAUGGCCGCAGGGGCUCUGCGGGGCUCCCCGCUCCUCCUCUGCACACACAGCUCAGUGCAGGGGCCUGGAAGAAGGCGGAGGCCUGCGUGGCCGCUGCGCCCUGGGAACAGACCACGCCCCUCGGAGCCGCUGUGGCCGUCCGGGAGUCCUGUUCCUGUGUCAUGUGACCUGGAGGGCCUGCGAGGCAGCGAAUUCCGUAGCAUAGGAAUCGGUUCACAGUUUCUAAAACAAUUGUAUCAGCUUCAGGUUCGCUACUGGUAUUUAUAUUCCAUAGUUUAAAUUACAGAGCUGAACCUGUAACAAUUGUAAAAGGCCGGAAACUCGCACGAUUUGCUGUGGGAAGGGAGCUUGGUUUCCCAAAGUGAUAAACUGUGUCUGCUGUAAAUGUUAACAAGUAGCAUUUUUAAAUCGCAUUUUUCUAUUAAGAAGUUAACAGUUCAUGUUUUAGCCAGUAUCUUUCUCUUAAAGAACGUUGGCUCUAACCAAAACUCGUGCUGUGGACGCCGGGUGAGGCGUGCGCCCAGGGCGGGGCUGCCUGGACUGAGCCCCUCUGGAAACACGCAGGUGGCCGCGUGGCGGGCAGCAGGCAGUGACGGUGCCCGGUGCCCGGUGCUCAGUGCUCCUGCGCCUGCUGAUGCGGGCAGCCCUCGUGCCGGCCGCUGCCCUCCCUGCCCACGCCGUGGCCCGCCCACAGUUCCAGGGCAAGGUUGUGCUUCCUGCGGGGAGAGCAGGCGACGCCUGGCACAGGCAUUCCAGAAAGAAAGGACGCAGCACUUUGGAGACCAAACCGCUAAUGCUGUGACUUCGCCGAGCGUGGGCUAAGCCGCGUGCCCGCCCCGUGUGAGCGACAGCCUCCCGAGCUCCCGUGGACUCCUAGCCGCUGCCGUAGCUCACAAAUAAAGCCUUUGUAUUGAAAA